AUGGAGCUGGGAAACCAGACCAGAGUCUCCACAUUCAUCCUGCUGGGGUUCUCGGCAGAGCCGGCUCAGCAGACCCUCCUGUUCUGGGUGUUCCUGCCCAUGUACGUGGUCACCGUGGCCGGGAACCUGCUCAUCACCCUGGCCAUCCUCACGGACACCCACCUGCACACGCCCAUGUACUUUUUCCUGUGCAACCUUUCCCUCGUCGAUAUCCUCUUCUCAUCCACCACCGUCCCCAAGAUGCUGGUGGACCUCCACACCCAUAGCCGGGCCAUCCCUUUUGUGGGCUGCCUGGCCCAGAUGUAUACCUUCCAUCUGCUUGGGCCACUGGACACCUUCCUCCUGGCCGUGAUGGCCAUCGAUCGGUUUGUGGCCAUUGUCUGCCCUCUGCGCUACUCUGCCAUCAUGAGCCCCCGUGUCUGUGGGCUGCUCGUGGGGGUCUCCUGGAUGAUCCCCAACAUCCAGUCCAUCAUCCACACCUCGCUCAUGGCUCGGCUGACCUUCUGUGCCCGUGCUGAGAUCCCCCAUUUCUUCUGUGACCUCAUGCCCCUGCUGAAACUCUCCUGCUCAGACACGCGCCUCAACGAGCUGGUGGUCUUUGCCUUCAGCAUCAUCAUGGGCUUCAGCCCUCUCGUGAUCACGGUCUUCUCUUACGUCUGCAUCUUCCGCACAGUCUUCAAGAUCCCGUCUGCUCAGGGCAAAUGGAAAGCCUUCUCCACCUGUGGCUCCCACCUCACUGUGGUGUCUCUGUUCUAUGGCACCAUCUUCGCUGUGUACCUGCUGCCGGCAUCUGCUUCCUCCUCCCAGAAGGACAAGGGCGCCGCCCUGAUGUACGGCGUGAUCAUCCCCUUCCUCAACCCCUUCAUCUACAGCCUGAGGAACAGGGACAUGAAGGCGGCUCUGAGGAAGCUCGUGGGCAAAGUGGCCCCAGCUCAGGCCUAA